AUGAUCAAGACAUCAUCAGACGUACAAGAGAUGGCAGAUGUCGUUCAUGAGGAAAAGUCAUGCCCAGAUGGAAUCGACGUUGAACAAACAGGUGUCAAAGACGAGCUGGAACAACCAUACGACGAGCCACGGAUGAAGAAGCUUGUGCGCAGAGUCGACUUCCGCAUCGUCCCUCUGUUGUCUUUCAUGUACCUUCUCAACUACCUUGAUCGAGGCAACGUGGGCAAUGCGAAGGUCCUCAAUCAAGAGACUGGUGACGACCUUUUGCAACAGACACACAUGACUCCAAAUGGCUAUGCUAUCACACUGAGCUUGUUCUCCGUUGCAUACACUCUCUUCGAAUUGCCAUCAAACUGGAUUAUCAAGCGCUACGUCCGUCCUUCGGUGUGGCUGGGAGUACUCCUCGUGUGCUGGGGUGCCACGACGCUCGGAUUUGCUGGUGUACACACUUACGCGCAAGUCAUUGUUCUUCGAUUCCUCAUCGGCGUCUUUGAGGCUGGAUUCUUUCCUGGAAUUGUCUACUUCACAACCUUCUGGUAUUGCAUCGAAGAACGCGGGCUCCGCAUUGCGUUUGUGGCCGCCCAUGCCAAUCUUGCUGGUGCCUUCGGCGGUGUCAUUGCGUACGGAGUCGGACACCUCAAUGGCGCUAGUGGCUUGCAAGGCUUUCGUUGGCUAUUCAUCAUCGAGGGAAUCGUCACAGUUCUCUGUGCUCUCCUUCUGAUCUUCUUUCUACCAGAUUAUCCCUCACGUGCCAAAUGGCUCACUCAAGAGGAAAAGCAGCUCUUUGAACGAAGACUGCAACAACAAGGAGCAGGGUACACCAAAGCUCACGCUACCCGAAAAGAAAUAAUAGAGACUUGCUUCUCGCCAAGGAUGUUGCUCCACUACCUUAUCUAUGUCAUUAACACUAUUCCACUCGCAUCUUUCACGUUCUACACUGCAACAAUUGUCACAGGCCUGGGCUACAAGUCGCUUGAAGCACAGCUUUUGACAAUUCCUCCGUGGGUGGUAGGAUACCUCUGUGCGCUUUUAUACUCAUUUCUCGCCGACCGAUUCAACGCCAGAGGAUAUUUCAUUAGUUUUGGCUCGAUAUUGGGUGGCCUGGGCUGGCUGAUCUCGGGCUGUCUCCCUGCCCACUCAUAUACCGCUCGAUAUGGUUGCCUUGUCCUUGCGUCCGCGGGUGCUUUCCCAUGUGUUGCACCACUCAGUGCAUGGAUUACGGGGAACGUGCCUAGUGUCACCACGAUGGCCAUUGCGACAGCUUUGAACAACUCGGCUUCUGGAGUCAGUCAAAUCAUUGCUCAAUGGAUUUGGAGAGCCAAUGAGGCUGAGAGGGGGUAUCCUACAGGCAACUUCACUUGUGCUGCCUGUAGCUUCGCCGUGGCGACUCUGUCCAUCGUCUUGAGAGUCUGGUAUGCGAGGAUGAAUAAGGCUGGUGUUGCUGACGCAAGCGGUAGACCGAGAGUGUGGGCAUAUUGA